AUGCUCCUAGCUACAGAGGAAAUCAAGGCAACGAAUAUGUGGCGACGUUCUCCGCGAAUGGAGAUUGGGACCUGCAAGCUGCAACGCCCCGUGGUUUUACCUCUGCGCGACCCUGAAGCACUUGCAUCUGUGGUAGGCUCUUCCGAAGCUAACACGCUUCGGCCAGAACGAUCAUUGAUCAACGGAGAGAUUGUCAAGGAUCUCUGGCAAAACUUGACGAAUCAAAAGAGUACGAACCAUUGGCCCUUGGAGCGCCAAUCAUUUUUGGCUGGGGGAUCCCCUGCCAGACUCUGGGGGGAAAUUGGACACCAAAAUCCUGAUGAAACUCUUCGGAGAGAAGCUCCUCUUCUUUUGCAAAUUACAUAG